AUGCAGGAGUGCGCACCAAGGCCGUGCAAGUUCUGCGAGUCUGCGCUCGCGAGGUACACUUGCCCGAGGUGCAACUGCGGCUACUGCUCCAUCAAAUGUUACAAGGAUGCCAGGCAUCAAGGCUGCAGUGAGGACUUCUACAAGGACUGCGUCCAGACCUACUUGCGCAUGGAGCAGGCCAACCCCGAAACCCAGAAAAAGAUGGUGGACAUUCUUAAGGCCGUCCAGAACGAAGAAGAAGAAGGCGACGAACAGGAAACCGACGAAGUGGCCACUCUCGUCCAACAACUGGAACAGACCGACAUCGAUCCCGAAACUGCCUGGAGCUAUCUGACCCCAGACGAGAGGCAAGAGUUCGAACGCAUGGUCCAGACGGGUGAUGUCGGAAAGCUGGUUCCGCUGUGGAAGCCGUGGUGGGAGGAAAAGGCUCUCGUCACCGAAGUGACGGCGGAAGAGUGCUCCGCGCCAGCCGUCCAGCCUCUCAGCGCGUUGACGAGCAAGGCGCCCGCAGCGUGUGUCGUGAACAGUGUGCUGAACAUUUUGUGUAGUUACGUUCACGUCAUAAGGCUCUACAAUGGGGAGAUGGUUCCGCAGAGCGCGGAAGAGUUCCUUGGUGUCAGCUUAGUCUUGACAGACGAUGCUGUUUAUGGCACCCCGGCCGAAGCCGUUCAGGCCGUCCUGCAAAAGGUCGUCAUGACUCAAAGUGUGGCCGCCACCGAUGAGCUCCCGUCUCUGCUCGGAGCUUUCCGGAAGUUCCUCGGUAGUCCGCAGUUGAAGGACAACGCGUUGAGAGCUUUGGACGAAACUCGUAGUGUAUUUGACGCAGCAGCAAGAGAACCCGAAUGCAAGAAGGAGCUGAAACAAAAGCUUCGACGAGCCACCAAGAAAGUCGAGUACAUGAUGUCGUGGACAGUUGAGUACGGCGAUAAGCUGCUGUCAUGCCUAAACGACAUCGAUGUUGAAGCUCUCGCAGUUGCCGAGAACAUGUCAACAUUUCAGGAUGCGUGCAAGGCAGUCGAAGAACAGAGGAAUAAGACCUCAAAGCCACGAGUGCUGAUUGAAGAGUUAAACUAGGUGCCACGGUGAUGUGUUAUCGUCACAUAGGCACUAGCUGUCAAUAAAGCUUAUGAAUUCAGUUGCAAA